UUUCUCUUGUGGAAAUAUUUGAAAAAAAGAAAAACUUUUUUUUUAAGAAGAAAAAGAAAAAAGAAAUGAAAACUAAUAAGUUGGUUUGAAAAUUGACCGACCCACCUCCGUGUUUGUCUCGGAGGCAUCAAAUCCAUACGCAAAGUCAAAAUAAAUCAAUAAAUCAAUAAAAGGAAACAAAUCGGAAUGUGUUGAGAAAUCGGUCUGAAAUUUCCGUUUGAAACAGCAGCAUCCAUGCACAUCCAUUUUUUGCCACUCUUUCUGCGAUUCGAUUUCAUUAAAUACAAAUCUCCAUUUACCCCUGCGGCUUCUCUACCACCAAUUUUGAACGAAACCAGUCUUUUGACAUCGCAGCUAUGCAGAGCCAGCUUGUGUGUAGUGGGUGUAGGAGCGUCCUUCUUUAUCCUAGGGGAGCAUCUAAUGUUUGCUGUGCGUUAUGUAAUUCUGUUACCUCAGUCCCAACUCCUGGGACAGAAAUGGCUCAACUUAUAUGUGGAGGCUGCAGAACAUUGUUAAUGUAUACACGUAGGGCUACAAGUGUGAGAUGCUCUUGCUGUCAGUCAGUGAACCAUGUACCAGCAUCCAAUCAGGUAUCUCACAUCAAUUGCGGGAACUGUCGAACAACUCUCAUGUAUCCAUAUGGAGCUCCAUCAGUCAAAUGUGCAGUGUGUCACUAUGUUACUAAUACUGGUAUUGCCAAUUCUGGGGUUUCAAUUCCAACGCACAGACCCACUGGGACAGCUAAUUCUGGAAUAAUGCCUUCUAGUUCAGGGAGCCAAACUAUUGUGGUUGAGAACCCUAUGACUGUUGAUGAAAGUGGAAAAUUGGUGAGCAAUGUUGUUGUUGGUGUCACAACAGAAAAGAGAUAACUCCAAUCACAAAUUGAGAUUUAUUGUUGUUAUUAGUGAUGUUUGGCAAGGAGCAAUUAUUACACUUGAUAUAUACAUAGGGAAAUUGGCUGUGUAUAUUUUGUGAGAAAUUGUCUUGUUUAGCAUUCGUUAUAGAAACGAUUUCCAAUUUGAGGUUUUAAAGGAACUUUUGUUGGGAUGUUGUAUUAUCACACUGGAGUACAUGUAACUGCAAUGAAUAAUACUAGGGUUACCAAAUUUAUUCAUCGAAUUUCAGAAAUUAUUUUUCA